AUGCCGAAAAAGAAGAGUGAUAUAAUAAUUAAGAUGGAAGAUGUGGGAAUGGAAAUUGAUGGAUCUGUGGCCAGUGAAAGUGAAGGUGAGUCCAGAAGAGAAGGAUUCGCCUGCUUUUUUGAACCUGUCUUAACUGGAAUUUGUGUUUCUGUUGUGUUAUAUUUGGUGGUGGUUCCUUCAGAGGAUUCAAGGAGAACAAGCAGGGGGAACCUGAAACCCAAACCCUCACCAGCGCCGGGCAGAAACAACCAAAUCAAAAGGACGCCCACGAAUCGCAGCCACCGGAGGAGCAAUGAAGAUGACAGUGAGGGAUAUGAGGAGGAAGAGGCUCCUAGGAAGACAAAAGUCAAUAAAAAGAAGCCACCUAAAACACAGGACAGUGAUGAGGAGAGCGAGGUAGAUCAGAGUAAGAGGACCAAAAAUGGGAGAAGGGUCAACAAGCAGCAGAAGGAGGAUCAGAACAACAAAGACAAAGCAAGAGAGGAUAUGAAGGGAAAGGGAAAAGACAAGGCAAAGGUCAUAGAGAAUGGGAAGGAGAGCAAGAAGAGAAAUAAAGACACCAGUUCCUCCUCCUCCUCAAGCGAGGAUUCAGGUGAGGACUCAAUGUCGGAGGGGGAGAUGACUCGGCUGAAGGAAGAGGUGGAGGAGAAGAAGAAGCUCAUCUCCACCCUGAGGAACAAACCAUGGCGCAUGAGGAGGAGACUCGAGUGUCUCAAAGACGCCCAGCAGUUUGUGGAGAAAUUUGAGGGAGCUUUAGGAAAGGGCAAAGGCAGGAAGCUGUAUGCCUUCAAAGUAAUGAUGACCAAGAAAUGGAUCAAAUUUAACAGAGAUUUUGAAAAUUUUAAGACAGCCUGCAUUCCUUGGGAGAGGAAGAUUAAAGAAGUUGAGAGUCACUUUGGGUCUUCAGUGGCUUCUUACUUUUUAUUCCUGAGGUGGAUGUAUGGAAUGAAUCUAGUCCUAUUUGGUUUCGUGUUUGGCCUUGUCGUGAUUCCAGAGGUCUUAAUGGGCCUUCCGUAUGGAUCCAUCCCACGGAAAACAGUGCCAAGAGAUGAACAAGCUAAAGCGAUGGACUUCUCCGUCCUGUUUGAGUUUGGUGGCUAUUGCAAGUAUUCUUUUCUCUUUUAUGGCUACUACAAUAACCAGCGAACAAUUGGCCUUCUGCAGUUCAGAUUACCUCUGUCUUACCUCCUGGUCGGAGUCGGCUCCUUUGGCUAUAGCUUAAUGGUUGUCAUUCGAACCAUGGCAAAGAACUCCAAUGAGGGAGGGGAUGGGGCUGAGGAGGGGGAUUUCACUUUUGCUUGGAAGAUGUUCACCAGCUGGGAUUACCUCAUUGGCAACUCAGAAACAGCUGACAACAAGUUUGCUUCCAUCACCACCAGCUUCAAGGAGUCCAUUGUGGAUGAACAGGAGAACCAAAAAGAUGAAAAUAUCCAUCUGAGAAGAUUUCUCCGUGUCUUAGCCAACUUACUCAUCCUUUGCAGUCUGGGCGGCAGUGGUUACCUUAUUUACUAUGUUGUGAAAAGGUCACAGACAUAUGCCAAUAUGGAUGAAGAUGAGUUGAGCUGGUUUGAAAAAAAUGAGGUUGAAUUUGUUAUGUCGUUGCUAGGACUGGUCUGCCCCCCACUUUUUGAGACCAUUGCUGAACUGGAGGAGUAUCACCCACGCAUUGCCCUCAAGUGGCAACUUGGGAGGAUAUUUGCCCUCUUUCUUGGAAACUUGUACACCUUUCUUUUUGCCUUAUUCGAUGAAGUGAAUGCAAAGCUGGAAAGAGAAGAGACUAUAAAAAAUGCCACCAUCUGGGCAAUGAAGGAGCACUACAGCAACUUCUCAGAGCUCAACAACAGCACAGCCAUCACACCGCUCUCUAUCAACCCUGCAGAUGUCAUGAGGGGGCCGUGCUGGGAGACCGCCGUUGGAAUUGAAUUUAUGAAGCUCACAGUUUCUGACAUCCAAGUGACCUACCUUACAAUCUUGUUUGGGGAUUUCCUUCGGGCUCUGGCUGUUCGCUUCCUCAACUACUGCUGGUGCUGGGACCUUGAGGCAGGAUUUCCAUCGUAUGCAGAGUUUGACAUCAGUGGGAAUGUGCUGGGACUCAUCUUCAAUCAAGGCAUGAUCUGGAUGGGGGCCUUCUAUGCUCCAGGGUUAGUAGGCCUCAAUGUGCUUCGUCUCCUGACAUCCAUGUAUUUCCAGUGCUGGGCAGUGAUGACCUGCAAUGUACCGCAUGAGAGAGUCUUCAAGGCCUCCAAGUCCAAUAACUUCUACAUGGGCCUCCUGCUUCUCAUCCUAUUCCUCAGUAUGCUCCCUGUGGUAUACACUAUCAUGACCCUGCCACCCUCCUUCGACUGUGGUCCCUUCAGUGGGAAGCAGAAAAUGUAUGAUGUCAUCAUUGAGACAAUUGAUAAGGACCUACCUGCAUUUUUGGGAACACUCUUCACUUAUGCAGCCAACCCUGGCCUAAUUAUUCCAGCCGUGCUUCUGAUGGUGUUGGCUAUUUACUAUCUGAAUUCUGUUUCCAAAGCAUAUAAACAUGCAAAUAAUGAACUUCGAAAAAAAAUGCAAAUGCAAAGAGAUGAGGAGAAGAAUCGACGAAACAAUAAGGACAGCACUAAUCAAGUCAUGAAAGACUUAGAGGACCUCCUGCCCAAAAAGUCUCCUAUUUCAGCAUCCGCCAAAGAAAAUGCUGAAGUCAGGAGCGAACUGGGAGACAAGCCCUCAAAGGUCUCCCAAAAGCCAGGGGCUGUGGCCACUGGGAGGGGGGUAAACCUGCAGAGGGAUGUGUCUCUGGCCAUGGCAAAUCCACGGAUGGCUGUGACCCGCCCUCCUGGCCCCCGAGGGCCCAGCGCUCUUCCUGGAAACACGCUGCAAGUCCCUGGGGGGCGGGGCAGGGGGAGGGGCCAGAACCCCCGGCGCUAG